GGGCUUACCAAACUACAAAAGCAUUAGACCCGCUGAGCCUCAUAUACCUACCAAAACCCUAAUCGGUGCUGCAAAAGCUCUCGUUGUUUCUGGGUUCGGCGGGACAAGAAGGAAGAAGAGAUUCAAGCAUGGUGGCCGUGAAGAAAACGAAGAAGACCCAUGAGUCUAUCAACAACAGGCUCGCUCUGGUGAUGAAGAGUGGCAAGUACACUCUGGGUUACAAGACCGUCAUCGACACACUCCGUAGCUCCAAAGGGAAGCUCAUUAUCAUCUCCAACAAUUGCCCUCCUCUGAGGAAGUCCGAGAUCGAGUACUACGCCAUGCUUGCCAAGGUUGGAGUUCAUCACUACAAUGGAAAUAAUGUUGACCUGGGUACAGCAUGUGGCAAAUAUUUCCGGGUGUCAUGCCUUAGCAUUAUUGAUCCAGGUGAUUCGGAUAUUAUCAAGACACUGCCUGGUGAUCAGUGAGGGACUGUUGGACGCUGCCUCAUUUUUCGAAGUUUUAUGUUUUAGGCUUGUUUGUGAUCUAUCACCAAUUAUGUAAUGCCUCACUUUUGUUUGAAGAUAUUGUUCACAGUUCUGUAAGUGGUGACUUGAUGAGACUUGAUCAUGCUGUUAAGCUGAUCAUUUUUAAGUUGAUUAAUUGGGUACUCAUAUUUGCACUGUGUCAGCCUUCUUUUAUUGCCAUUGCUUCA